AUGACUGACAAAAGACCAGUGGAAGGAAGGAAACAAGAUGAUACAAAACCUCAAUCUAUUUCAGAAACUAUGAAACUACAGGGAAGUGAUAAUCCAGGCGUCAGCCUAGUAACAACACCAUUUGAUGGAACCAAUUACUUUACCUGGGUGAGAUCCAUCAGAUUUACACUCGGUGCCAGAGGCAAAGGAGGUUUCAUAGACGGGACUUGCCCCAAACUUGAACAAGACCACACUGAGAUGGAACAGUGGAGAAAAGCAGACUGUAUGGUGGUAUCUUGGAUACUAAAUUCCACUACAAAAGACAUAGCAGAAGCGUUUCUUUGCACCUCCUCCACAAGAAAUCUUUGGCUUGAUUUAGAAUCAAGAUUCGGCCAAAGUAACGGACCACUCCUAUAUCAAAUACAAAAGGAGAUUUGUUCUGUUUCCCAAGGAAACAAAACACUAGCUGCUUACAACAUUAAGCUCAAGAAAUUAUGGGACGAACAAUUGAGUCUAGACCCUUUGCCGGUGUGUUCCUGUGGAGCUGCAACAAAAUUUGGAGAAAAGGCUAACUUCACCCAAUUAAUCCAAUUCUUGAUGGGAUUAAACGAUGCUUACGAUCAUGUUCGCAAUCAAAUUUUAUUAAUGGAUCCAUUACCAUCGAUAGGAAGGGCAUUUUCUAUGAUUUUGGAGGUAGGAAAGCAAAGAGAGGUUAAUGCAAGAAGCAGUGAACUUGAGAAGGAAGAAGUCAUGGCUGUUCAAUCCGUAGAUGCAAGAAGACAGGUUGUGACCAAGAAUCCUGUCAAGAAAAGAAGUGCCAUUGAAAAGAAACAGAUGUACUGUACACACUGUAAGAAGACUGGGCAUUUACGAGAAAAUUGCUUCGAGUUAAACGGCUAUCCUGACUGGUAUGAGGACUUGAUGAAGCAGAGAAAAGGAAUGAAUAAACCAGUCAUAAACAAAUCCUUCAAUGCCUGUCUUGAAGACAGAAGAAGGGUCAUCUAA